CAUUUGUUUAGUCGAACUUAAAUUCCAUACUGAUGAAGUAUUCGACUUUGAGAUGAUUAAGUUUUCCCACUAUAUAUAUAGAACUUUUCUCAACGAGGUGUUCCAUUCUUUCCUCCAUCCUAAGUAAUGUUGUGCUCAGUGAGGGCGGGUUUAGCGGGCUCACGCCCCUCACCCUCCGGUAGGAUUCCGAUCACACACCAGUCAUGCCUAUGGUCAAGGCAGUUGUUGACUUCACGUCCUUCUACAAGAAUUAGUAAUAACGGUGUUGCCGUCAUGGUAACAAAUGUUUUAAGACGUGGUUCAUCUUCUAUUCACACCUUUAAGGCAAAGGCCAAGGGUAAAGAAGAAAGUAAUCCAGGAUUCCCACCACAGAACCAGGAUGAACAACCAGGAAAAGAGUACCUCAUGGAUCCUCUACCAAUAUUCAGCAAUCCUAAUUACAAGGCCUCUAACAAACUCCAAGGAAAGGUGGCCUUGGUAACAGGUGGUGAUUCCGGUAUUGGGAGAGCUGUUUGCUGCUCGUUUGCUAAAGAAGGGGCAACUGUUGCCUUUACUUAUGUGGAAGGUGUCGAGGACAUAGAUGCAAAGAACACGUUAGAGAUCAUAAAUGAUUCAAAAACAAGCGAGGCAGGUGAUCCAAUUGCAAUACCUACUGAUGUGAGGUUUGAAAAGAAUUGUAAGGAUGUUGUGGAUAAGGUGGUUGAAAAAUAUGGUCGGAUCGAUGUCCUCGUGAACAAUGCAGCCGUACAGUACGAAACAUAUUCUUUAGAUGAUAUUACUGAUGAGAGACUUGAAAGGCUAUUUAGAACCAACAUCUUCUCUCAUUUCUUCUUGACAAGGUAUGCUGUGAAGCACAUGAAAGAAGGAAGCAGCAUCAUAAACACAACUUCAGCCGUAGCAUUCACAGGCAGCACAAAGCUACUAGAUUACGCUUCAACAAAGGGGGCCAUCGUGGCCUUUACAAAGGGCCUCGCAACAUACCUGGUCGACAAGGGGAUUCGUGUUAAUGGUGUGGCCCCUGGACCCGUUUGGACUCCACUUGAAGCUGCUUCACUCAAUGACGAGGAUCUGGCAGAGUAUGGCUCACAGGUGCCAAUGAAUAGGGCAGCUCAACCUGUUGAGAUUGCUCCAUCAUAUGUGUUCCUGGCAUCCGAGGACGCUUCCUACUUUACUGGCCAAAUUCUUCAUCCUGAUGGUGGGGGAAUUUCCGGUUUUUAAGAAUAUGGAGCGGAGUAUAUGAUAUAUUUUGCGCUUAAUUAAGUAAUUAAAUUUUGUGUAUUUUAAAUAAAAUGACGUUAAAUGUAAAAUCUUGUGUACUUUAAAUAAAAUGCCGUUCAGAUGUAAAUUCUUAUAUAUGUUUUGGAACAUCGAACAUGCAAUUCUUAAGAGCUUUAA